AUCCAUUCCGGGAAAGAAAAAAUCUUCUUGCAUUGCAUCAUUGGAGGUGUUCACUUUAUAGCCGACUUCGCUAUAUUCUCUCGUCGGCCAUUGUAGCGUUCUCCUUAUCCCUCAAGCAGCGGAGCCCCACCUUUCGCUUUCCGACCAAUUCCCUAUUUCCGUCGCGUUUUUCUGAUUUGUCUGGAACUGACAUUACCAGACGCUUUCACUCUUUUUAACAGAGACAAAUUGACAAACAGAUAACGGUUGCCUGAUCAUUCCGUCGGUUGUUGAGCAAAGCCGCUGAAAAAACUUACAAUUUCACUGUUUUUUUAACCCUAUGGAGUCGAAGUCGCAGUCAAGGUUCGGUCUCGGGCGGCAAUCGUCUCUGGCGCCGGAGAGAGAGGCCGUCGGCGGGGGAGGGGGAGAUGAAGUUGAGGAAGGCAUUGAUUCGGGGAUAAGGCUAAUGUAUUCGGCGAACGAGGGGGAUUUGGAGGGAAUGAAGGAGCUCUUGGAGUCCGGAACCAGUGUGAAUUUCCGAGAUAUCGACGGCCGGACUGCGUUGCACGUGGCCGCCUGCCAGGGCCAUCGGGAUGUGGUGGAGCUGCUGCUCGGUAAUGGCGCCGAGGUUAAUGUUGAGGAUCGCUGGGGCAGCACGCCUCUUGCAGAUGCGAUACACUACCAAAAUAAUGAUGUUGUCAAGCUUCUGGAGGCACAUGGAUCAAAACUUCCAAUGGCUCCCAUGCAUGUCCAAAAUGCUCGUGAAAUUCCAGAGUAUGAAAUUGAUCCAAAGGAGCUUGAUUUCAGUAAUAGUGUGGACAUAACAAAGGGUACAUUUUGCAUUGCUUCAUGGCGUGGAACUCAGGUUGCUGUUAAGAGAUUUGGUGAGGCACUGUUCAUGGAUGAAGAAAAAGUACAAGCAUUUAGGGAUGAGCUUGCAUUACUGCAGAAGAUACGUCACCCAAAUGUUGUCCAAUUUCUUGGUGCUGUUACUCAGAGUAGUCCAAUGAUGAUAGUUACAGAAUAUCUACCCAAGGGAGAUCUUCGUGCAUUCUUGAAGCGAAAAGGCGCAUUGAAGCCAAUAAUGGCUGUGAAGUAUGCACUGGAUAUUGCAAGAGGAAUGAACUACUUGCAUGAACAUAAGCCUGAAGCAAUAAUUCACAGAGAUCUGGAGCCUUCAAAUAUACUACGGGAUGAUUCUGGACAUCUAAAGGUUGCUGAUUUUGGACUAAGCAAACUUAUGAGAUUUACAAAAUCAGUAAAAGAAGAUAAACCUUUGACGAGCCAAGAGACUUCAUGGCGAUAUGUAGCUCCAGAAGUUCUUAAGAAUGAAGAAUAUGAUACCAUGGUUGAUGUUUUCUCGUUUGCACUAAUUCUACAGGAGAUGAUUGAAGGAUGCCCCCCUUUUCCAACAAAGCAAGAAAUUGAUGUUGCCAAAGCAUAUGCUGCGAAUGAACGUCCACCCUUUAGGGCUCCUGUGAAGCUAUAUGCUCAUGGACUCAGAGAAUUAAUUGAAGACUGUUGGAGUGAGAACCCAACUAGAAGACCAACUUUCAGGCUAAUAAUUUCCAAGUUGGAAGAAAUCAAUCAAAUUCUUACUCGUGCAAGACGUUGGAAGGUGAGGGCACUCAAAUGUUUCCAGAAUCUCGAGGCCAUCCUGAAGAUUGAUGUUUCUAAUUCAAAAAGCCGGUCAUCUCGCUCAACCAUUUACAAUUAGUAGAUAUUGCAGCAUUAUAGCAUAUGCAGUGCAGUGUUGAAUCUCUUUAGUCUUUACAUACAGCAAAAAUUCUACAGGUGUUUCUUGUUGUGAAUUAAUUCCCGAUUCUUUUAAACAUGAAACAGCGUGCAUUAAUAUGUUGUGAAUCUUUGUGCAAUGACCGAACAUAUACCCUGUAUAGCUAUUGUGAAUCUUUGUGAAACGACUGAGCUUUGUACCCAUUAAAUGUAUAGCUAUAUUGUUUCCAAUCUUUACAGAAUCACACACUCACAAAUAGACCACACACCUAUCUCAACCAUACAUUUCCACAGUCAUCUUCUUGAACUGAAGCUCUAAUUGCACUCUUUUGUCUUCAGUGCAUUUUCUUUGCCUCUUUUUCAGCCUGCAAACAUGUCAAAAGAUCAACCGUUGAGAUUAAGCUAACUUAGGGUGCAUUUGGAAGAACGGUUGGAACUGGAGUGAUUAAUCGCAAAAAUUUCAACUGGAGAGGACUUGCCAAAAGGAUAACUCAAACAGGGUUAUGAAGGAGUAGAGAACCCAAUAGGUCAGCCACUGCUGGUCAUCCAGCGUCGAAGGGCUCUCUAUAGCCCUCAUCGAUGCAUACCUGUCAUGACCACCGGGUUGAACUACAUUAGGUUAAGGUAUAGUCAAGUCGAGUAUAUAAAACCGAGAAGAAUGUUGACUCACAGAGGGUACAGAAGCAUCACGCCCGGGCUAGUUUUCAACCAAGAUGAUCAAACAAAAGGUUUCAGUUAAUUCCUCAGAGGAUCAAAAACAUUAAAAGCUCGAUAUGCAUAAUAUUACUAGUAAGCGAAAAUCUACCCGACUAAUGCAUUCAUGUUUCUAACAAUAGCUGCAGCAGCACCCAUAGAAUAUGCAACUUCUUUGGCUCCUUUGAGACUUGAGAUUGUUCUCUUUUUUCUCUGAGGUAUUGAAUACAGGUGAGAAGGAAAGCUCACAGGUGCCAAAAUCUGGUAAUAGGGGCUGCCAGAAGCCCAGUGGGAUUUAUCUGCAGAAGAAAGAAUAUGAUGCUGUGAAAGGAAAGCAUAGCUUUUGUGAUUGGUCAAAGCCUUCUUUUCUGCAUCAACAAGAAAACUAUGUAGCAAGUAAUGGCAACAAGAAAAGAACAUGACCAUCAACCUUAAUCUA